UUCAAACACAACAGCUAGUCAGACGCCUCGGUAGCUUUCUAGCAAACAUAGCUACAACAUUCACGCUCUUUACACUGUUUUUGGUGUAUAUUAGUUGCUGUGUAUUAAACACACUUCUGUCGGAUGUACUUGUUGGCCCAUUUAAGUAUAUAUGUACGUUGUUUGUCAGCUAGCUGGUUUGCUGAGUUAGCUUAGAACUAGGCUAGUCGCUAAUGCUAGCUAGCUAACAUCUCCGACCAUGAGUUCACUGAGCUACUCUCCUUCUGCAAAGGAAGAUGAGGUCUGCUGGACGGAGAAAGAAGCCCCCGUGAAAGAGGAGGACGAAGAGAAGGAUGUUACAAUUCAAAAACAAGUAGAGGGUGAGGCUGUUACCGUGAAAGAAGAAGAGAAAGACGUUUCAGUGAAAGAAGAGGAAGACGCGUUCAGAGUGAAAGAGGAGGAUGUUACUGUAAAAGAAGAGGAUGAUGCAGUUUUAGGAGUGAAAGAGGAGGAGGGGGAGAUGACUGUCACAUUGGAGGAAGAGGAGGAGGUUAGAGAUCUGUUUAACACCAGAGAGAUGCGUGACUAUCGUGGAUCCUCUGGGGAGCCUCAACAACCUCAUGAUGCUGAAGAGGCAGAGAAGAGUCACUCCAGGUCAGAACACCUCCAGAAACACCUGCAGAGAUCCACAGGAAAGAGAACUCACUGCUGCUGUGACUGUGGGAAGAGAUUCACCUCGUCAGGCAUUAAAAUUCAUCAGAGAACACACACAGGAGAGAAAUCUUUUAGCUGUGAUCAAUGUGGGAAGAGUUUUGGUCAAUCUUGCCUUCUGACACGACACCAGAGAACACACACAGGAGAGAAACCUCAUGGCUGUGGUCAAUGUGGGAAGAGUUUUGGCCAAUCUUGCCAUCUGACACGACACCAGAGAACUCACACAGGAGAGAAACCUCAUAUCUGUGUUCAAUGUGGGAAGAGUUUUGGUAGAUCUGGAGAGCUGACAGUGCACCAGAGAACUCACACAGGAGAGAAAUCGUAUAGCUGUGGUCAAUGUGGGAAGAGUUUUGCUGCAUCUAGCACUCUGACUCAACACCAGAGAACACACACAGGAGAGAAACCUUAUAGAUGUGGGCAAUGUGGGAAGAGUUUUGGUCAAUCUUGCCAUCUGAUGCAACACCAGAGAAUACACACAGGUAAAAAAUCUUAUAGCUGUGAUCAAUGUGGGAAGAGUUUUGGUCGACCUGGAGAGCUGACAGUGCACCAGAGAACUCACACAGGAGAGAAACCUUUUAGCUGUGAUCAAUGUGGAAAGAGAUGUACUACAUCUGGCUCUCUGACUCUACACCAGAGAACACACACUGGAGACAAACCUUAUAGCUGUGAUCAAUGUGGGAAGAGUUUUACAACAUCUGGCAAUCUGACUCUACACCAGAGAACACAUACAGGAGAGAAACCUUAUAGCUGUGGUCAAUGUGGGAAGAGUUUUUUUGGAUCUGGAGAGCUGACAGUGCACCAGAGAAUACACACAGGAGAGAAACCUUAUAGCUGUGAUCAAUGUGGGAAGACUUUUGGCAGAUCUGGCCAUCUGGUAUCACACCAGAGAACACACACAGGAGAGAGAACUUACAGCUGUGAUCAAUGCGGGAAGAGAUUUGAUCACUCUGGAGAGCUGACAGUGCACCAGAGAACACACACAGGAGAGAAAGCUUAUAGCUGUGAUCAGUGUGACAAGAGAUACUCUGAUAAAAGAUCUCUGAUCAAACAUCAGAAAAUACAUGAAGGAGUUGUAUCAUGAUAGUUAUUUCGUGAUAUCAAUGAAAUGAUGUCACAAUGUAGAAUGUUUUUAACCCUAAACGUUUGUCCCCUGUUCAAUUGAUUUCAGCAUGAUCUAGAUAUUAGCCUUGGGAAAAAUCCAGGCUCUUAAUUUAAAUGCUAUUUAUGUGAUUUAACAAAAAAGGAGUUGUGUUACACUUACCAUGUUGGUGAACCACUUGAAUCAAAAUGCAACACUUCAAAAUGUAGCUAGCUGUUUUCUACAAAUUGUCCUCUAACCAGGGAUAUACACAUUAUUCCCAGAUUCCGUGUGGUUUUUGAGCUGUUAGUUUUAACAGGACGUGCAACCUCAUCUCCCUCUCGCACGAAUGACUUUAGCAUUAUAUCGAUGAGUGAUGACAAAUAAGUGUUGCGUUCCUUUGUUUAGUGACCCCUACAUUUAAGUGCAUCACUCCCAAAUGUAGCUGAUUGUCUUCUGCAGGUUGUCCCCUGACCAGUGAGGUAAAAUAUGUCUCCCAUUUCCAUGUCUUUUUUUAGUUGUGUUCAACAGCACAUACAAUCUGAUUUUCCCCUCCAAUCGAUAUCAGUGAUUUAUUUCUACUUGUCAAAACAACAGCGUUUUUGGUGCUUGUGUCCAUGGUGAGGACGACUUAGUUUCUGAUGUUCUGAAGGUUGGGCAGUCAAAAAGUUUUGUGUUUAGCCAGUGAGUUGAGAUGGAUCUUAUUUUGGCUGCACGUUUUUCCAUUUUGGAGAUGAGGACGAGAGUUCUAGAAGCUAGUGGGGAUUUCUUUUGUUUAUUUCUUGUUUUUAAUUGUUGACAGCCAGUAGUCACCAUGUUAUUUUGGUGAAGCAUUGUAGUUGAUUAUAAUGUGAAAUAAAAGUUGUUUUCUGUUGGUGGUAAGCAUUCUCUUAAUCUCUUAAGGUGUUUGUCUUUGGUUUUUCCAUUUAUAUUUUGAGGUUUGGAUUUUAGCAUGUAUAGCUCGUUAGCACGUAGGGCGCGCACUGAUUGGUGUCACCUUGUUAGUCAGUAUGUGUUACAUCUGUGCUGGCUUGUCCAUCUUGUUGCUAGGAAGUUGUUUUACCUGUGCUCCCCAGGUGCUAUUUAAGAGUGUCUGACCCAGUGCUCCUGAUAGAUGUGGAAAGUCAACAACUUUAGUUGCGCUAUCGUUUUGGUUUACUUCCUGUCUUUAAGUUUGGGGUUGGUUUUUCUUUUGUUUUCCUCUUCUUUGACAGAUUUAGUGGGUCUCAUGGUGCUUGUCUUUUAGGUCCCAGUUGUUAUUUACUAGUCAACUUUCAGUGGACACUGAGAGCAAAAUUGCAAGAUUAUGUUAUAAUACUUUUAUUGCAUCAAAUGGUUGUUUUAUGCAACAGAAUAGAGGGUUC